UUCAUGGAGUUUUUGUUGUCUCAAAUCUGUUUUUUUCUGAUUUUUUUGAGGUUUAUUACGUGUGGUUCAUUUUGUGAAGCUAAUCAUACAUUUUAUGUUGGUGGUGAAAGUGGUUGGGUUUUAAAUCCUUCUGAACCUUAUAAUCAUUGGGCUGAACGAAAUCACUUUCAAGUCAAUGAUACGAUUGUUUUCAAGUAUAAAUUAGGUUCAAAUUCAGCUCUUUUUGUUUACAAAGAAGAUUACUACAAUUGCAACAAGGAGGAUCCAAUUGUUAUAUUAGAACAUGGUGAUUCAAGAUUCACAUUUGAUGGACCAGGCACAUUUAGUUUCAUCAGUGGACAUAAAGAUAAUUGUGAAAAGGGCCAGAAACUUAUGAUUGUUGUGUUGUCACCCAAUCAAACUAAAGCCCAAACAUCAUUGAGCCCAACACCUGCUGAAUCCAUUGACCCGGUUUUAUUACCUGCCCCGGCUCCGGCUAAAUCGGGUGCUCCACUAGGGUUUGUUUCUUGGAGUUUUAGUAUUACUUUGAUGAUGAUAAUAGCAACUUAUUUAUGCAUCUAGGUUUAACUCUUUUUAACUUUUUUGUGUUAAAGAAAGCGUCAAAUCGCGUCUAUCUCAUUCACAAAAUUUGUACUUGAUACCUCUGAUUAAGGAUAAAAGAAGGAAUAUCUUUAUGGACUAUUACUUAUGAUUUUUGUUUUGUACGAGAUUGAUGAUGCUUGUUUUUUUUAAAAAAAAUAUAAUAUAUAUUUAUUAGAAAGACAUUAUAUUUAUUAUAUUUAAAAGAUGAUAUAAUGAAAUUAUCCUUAUUGUUUGUUAAAAAGCGUGUAAAAUCAAUAACUGAGACAAAGAGCAAUACUUUGACAUUCAUAUCCUAUUUGUCACACUUAAUAAUAUUAAUAUGUCUCCAAUCUUCUACUUUUAGCUAUGACCGCAAGUAAAGUGGUCUGAAGAGAGUAAAAGAGAUUU